CAGGCUGCUUUUCGGCACCCUCUACCCCGCGUACUCCUCCUACAAGGCCGUGAAGACGAAGAACGUGAAGGAAUAUAAACGUGUCCGUGGUGGCCAGCGGAGAUGAGGACUGUUUGGCUUGCGGGUGGGAUGAACCUCUGUAUGUUUAGUGGGAGGAAUAGCCAGACGGAGCAGGCAGGCAGCACAGGUGAAGUGGAUGAUGUACUGGAUUGUAUUUGCCUUUUUCACCACAGCAGAAACACUUACAGACAUUGUUCUUUCUUGGUUUCCCUUUUAUUUCGAGUUGAAAAUCGCAUUUGUGAUUUGGCUGCUGUCCCCUUACACCAAGGGCUCCAGUGUCCUCUACAGGAAGUUUGUGCACCCAACGCUCUCCAAUAAGGAGAAGGAAAUUGAUGAAUAUAUCACUCAGGCUCGUGACAAGAGCUAUGAAACCAUGAUGCGAGUUGGCAAGAGAGGGUUAAACCUGGCUGCCAAUGCAGCAGUUACUGCAGCUGCAAAGGGCCAGGGAGUUUUGUCUGAGAAGCUGCGAAGUUUCAGCAUGCAGGACCUCACUCUCAUCCGGGAUGAGGAUACUGUGCAUUUACGAAGCCAUGAGCCACAGUUGCACCCCUCUGGUGGGAGUCUCCUUGAAACCAUUGAGGAUUCAGCUUCCUGUUAUUCCUCAGGAGAGGAGAGCGGUGUGGCACAGAGAUCUAAUGGAACCCCAUCUGAGACUAGAACAGACCCAUCCGAUGAAGAUGCAGGAGACAAACUGCCUAAACGUACCCAGAGCCUCAAAGCUUCUAAGAAGAUGACAAAAGCUGAGGUGCACCUACUAUGCAGGUGUCUAGCUUCUGUAUUCUUAUGGUGCCUGGAAACCUCUGUCAUGAGCCAGGACCCAAACUUUUCUUUCACUCGUGUUGUUUAUAAGGCUUCCAGUAAGAAGUGUGAAAGCUCGCCCCAAGAAGAAAGCUACAGGCUCUGUUACUUCUGUCGAGUCAUCCUAAGGAGACCUCCCCCUCCCCAGCAUCUGUCUCUGUCCCAGGAUUUGCCUGUCACCUUCAAGGGGAAACUCUAAAGGAAGGGAGCUGAGAUUCAUGUACAUAACAGCUACUGCUUUGUAGAGCUCAUUCCAAGGCAAGGGGGGAGGCUGAGAUUUAGAAUAUGGAGCAGAGGGAUACACAUCCUCUGGAAUUUUCUCCUUUUCGUCCCUCUGUUGGAGGGAAUGCCAAUAUGUCUGUACAUAGCCUGUUGCUUUGGGAUUCCCUCUGUAUAACCCUAGUUGGGGAGAAUCUUUACUGGAAGAACUGACUAGGGUUAGAGACAUCCAUUGCACAGAAGCUGGAAAAAAUAUUAGACACUGGAGUUCCACAGGGAUGGGUGGCUCCCAAAAAUAUCUUAUCUUGCUCUGGGUAUCCUUCUGCAGCUGUGUGUUGUUAAGAAGUGCCCACCAUAAUUCAUUCUCCUUUAGAAUGGCUGGUACCUGUCAUGUCCAGCCCCUUUCAGAAGGGGACUGAAAUGAUGUGUGCUGAGUAAUUUUGAACAUAAAAAGGACUGGCUCCUGGGAGGAACGUGGCAGGCAGAUUCCAGUUCCUGAUACUGGAAGAUAAAGAGUUUGAUUUUUAUUUUAUUUUAUUUUAUUUUUCCAGAAGGUCAAAUGAGGGAAUUGGAAAAACUGAGUUAUGAAGAAAAAGUGCUAGUAUAUGCGCAUGGGAUGGAGCAGAUACAGGUAUCUGUAAGACUUUAACUACUGAGAAGGAAAGUGGGGCAUCCGUAAGGUUUUUGGCUCACUCCUUGAAGCUGCUUGAAUUUUAUUUCAAGUUCUGUUGUCCACUUUGAUACCUGUAGGAACAUCAGUGAGAGAGGGGAAAGUGGGCAGGGAGAAUGUUGCUUUUCCAUUGAGUGGUUAAACUCUGCAUCGUCCUGAUGGUUGUUACCACAAAUUCUUUCAUUAUAACAAUGAUUAGGAAAAACCUGUUUCAAUACAGUCUUCAGACAUACAUGAGAAAUUCAGAAGCCUUUGUCUCUCAGCUUUAGGAGAGCCAGUCCUCGGAGCAUGAAAACUGAAAAAACAGUUGAAAGUAUGAAGUUCACUAAUCUUGGGAUUCCAUUUAUGGGGGAAAAAAGGAGAGAGUGGGGCUCAGUGUUGGAAUUAAUCAGUCCUCUUGCUUCAUCCUACUUCAGCCCUUGCACAACUUCUUUCUGUCUGACCAUGUGCCGUAUUUAUCAAUGUCCUGAGACAUGAGCAAUAUGCAACAAUUGGGACAGAGCUACAUUGGAAGUAGGAUAUAUUCUGUGGGAGUGCGACUGCAGUACUGCGGAGAAAAUUAGAGUCAUGCCAAGCCAUCCUAGAUUCUAAUCUGUUGAGAAAUAUUAAGGGGAGGGGGAUCCCCUGUGCACGUACCAACAGGUUUGAUGGGGAUUUGCGAGAUGAGUAGAGCUCCUGUUGUUGAGCUCCUGUAUAAUGGGGGAGCGCCAUUAUAAACCUGGUUGGCUGAACAAAUAUGCGAUGGUCUUAAUAUUUACUGAAACUAGCGACCAAAGCAAUCUGGCUUCUUCCAAAAUGAAGACCACUCUUGGUUCUAGAUGCAGGCACUCCUGUUUGCCUGUGUCUCUUGCUGUCAUAUUUCUGAAACUAUGGUGGACUCUUUGCUGAAACCUGGUGUUUUGCUGCUGACAAUGCAUAGAGGCACUUCUGCAGAUAAGGCUGCACACACGUUUCUGUCCUAAAGGACAUCCCUUCAAAAGCUUGUAACUUACAAGAUUGAGACUGAAAUUUUGCUCGUUUUCCAUUGUCUUGGUGGCAAAUUUUUAUGAAUUGCCUAGCUAUUUUGGGAAAACAAUUAAGGAAAAAGUUAUUUUUGCUUUACUUGUAGCUUUACAGGCUAUGUCGGAAACUUGCAUCUUAUCAGAAAUGCUUAUCCUAAAUUAUCCAUAAGUCCUUUGAGGGCCCAGUAGAAAAUCUGUUUGAUUUGGCUUUUAGGUUUGAGCUUUAAAAAAAAAAAAAAAAUAGUAGUCUACUCUUUAGUUUUGUUAUCAAACAUUGUAUCCUUGUAUCACUAGUAUUAUGCAUGCAACUGCAUGUAUUGAAGCAGAAAUUCUUUCUGUUUCAAAUGGAAAUCCCUCUUUCCAUAUGAGGGAUAAAAUAUAGGAGAGAAAGUCUUUAUUGAUUGUAUAGAAGAUUCAGUUGUGAAAAACUGCUGUCCUAGACUAUACUAUGUUGAGCAAGAUAGAACCAUUAUUCUCUAUUCACUAAGUACCUCUAUGACCACGUUACUUGAGUUUUUUGAACAUAAAAAUCUCUAUAGUAAAUUCUUUAUCUAAAUGAUUAUGAGGAACUUGAUUUGGAAGCUAAGGAUCAGAUAGUCUGCCCUCAUGCUGAUUUUUUCCUGCCCAUUCCUUGUAUGUGUGUUGCGCUAGUCUCGGAUGACUCAGUUUUCAUACAGUGACUUUUGAGAAUACUUUCUACAAUCAGUUCAUUUAUAGUAAUUCUUCCUGUUCUGAAACGCAGGAAGGGCUUCUAAAGACUCAAUUUGGGUGUUAGGAUUUACCUCUGUCUCCCUGAACUAGAUUGUGCGCUAAAUAUCUUUUGCUUAGCGUUGAUGUUUAAUGCCAUUAGCCUGUGGGUGAGGCUGGGUCGGAUUUACUCUGACUUGUACGGAAAAAUUAAAUGAACUCUUGUCAUAAGAGUCUGGAGGGGAAUUGGGGACUACAUCUAGUAUGAGAUAUGAAGCCGAUGAUGUCGGGCAGCAGAACUUACCCAGAGCAAGAACAGUGUCUUAGCAUGGCCAAUAUGUUCUUCUUCCAGUAUAAAUGUAAGUGAUUGCUAGAUUUUGCUCUGCUUGAUCAAAGCCUCUGCAGAUCUGCCACCACCUGUGUGAUAGUUUAGGGAGUUUCUAGAUAUAGCUGUGCACUGGAUGGCAUGGUCAUGCAUAGAAGUUCUCUUGUUAAUGAGAAUGCUGAAUGUACUGUUUCGAUAAAAUGCUUUUAGUGGCUGUUGCUCAGUGUUUCCAGCAGAAAAUGCUAAAAUGUAGUUCCUAUUCAGUAUCUUCUGUGAGCUUCGUUGUGCAGUUAAGCAAAUGGUUAAAUCGUCACCUUGCAGUAGAACCCAUUGUGUUCAGUGUUUAUACCUCUUUCCUGAUAUGCCUAGGCACAGAGAUAAACCCAAUAAGAGAAAAUGAUACCUGAGCUUUUUAGGGUUGUAUGUCUAAAAAUUAUCCAAAAAUACCUGCACCACGAGAUGCGAAGUGCAGCCAUGACUUCCUUUCAGAAGGAAGUGUCAUACCUCCACACUUUAUAGUAUUAUAAGUCAGUGUUCUGCAGUUGGAAAAGAAAACCGUGAAACAUGGUUUCCCUUCUGAGAAACAUAAUGACUUGCUGCAUAAAAGCAAGUCAUGCCCCCCUGGUGGGUAAGAACUAGGAAAAGAGAGAAGAGACUGCUGUAAGGUCUUGAACCCACCAUUCCAGCUAAAUAGCUUGAUUUCUUACUGUUCUUUAUGGAGUUUCUGAUUCUCCAGCCUUAAGUUCCCUAGAGUCCAGGGGGACUGAUUUCUUUUAGACUAGAUUAACUUCCUUGGAAAGUAGAGGGAGUAUUAGAGAAGGGAAUGCUAGAGUUCUUAAAACUGGAAAGCUUAUUCUUGGAAAACCACACCUUCCCCCAGUUAGUGUAGUGUGUUCCAUUUGUUGUCCUUUCAUAGUGGUUCACUUUCUUUAUUAUACAUCCCUCUUAGAAGUAUGACUCCUCCACAAUGUAUGGCCAUGCCAUUUCUGCCUUGAAAAGCAAGCAUUCUAGUGAACCCUGACUUUCCAGAAAUUGAUGCUUUUCAGUUUUAUUUCAUUUGCCAUCUUAAAUCAGCAGGACAUGCAGUGCCUUAGGAGGAAAGUGGGAUAAAUACAGAACACGCUACUGGUUCUCAGAUCUGCACAGAGCAUUGUACCAAGGAGGCUUGCAUGUUCAAUGUGAAAUGUCAUUGUAUGUUUAAGAGCAGCUGUUAAAUUGAGCUGGGUUUCCCUAACUGUUUUCCAAACUUGCAUACGAUGCUGGAAAGUGUAGCUUGUUACCAAAGAGAGAAAUCUGAAGAAGAAUAUUCUUACCCUUCCUUCUGAUGGGGAUACUGUAUUAUCAUGUUACGCCGCAACUUGCGGGGGAGACGCUGAACCACAUCGCUGUAUACAGCUGGUGAAUACUCUAGUUUUUCUUGCUCAGCCCGCUAGUGAUCUGUAAUUUGCCACUUAGCUGAGGCAUCUUGGGGUGCUGCUCUCUGAGCUGCCCUAUGAAGUCAGAUAUGUGGAAAACCAGCAAAGUAUUCUGAAGCUGUAUGAGUUUGUGUGCUCUAUAUGUACUCUGAAGCCUACUGAAUUUAAUGUUUUAAGAGCCUGUAUGUGCGUAUAUGCAUAUACCUUGUGGGGAUAUGCUUUAGUGUUACUGGGGAGAAAGGAUGUCUGGUCACUCUUCCUCUGGAAUUUGGCACUAUUACAAGAAGCUGUAAACAUGA